AUUUGCUUUUCGCUGGUGAUUUAUCUCUCCAAGCUGUACUAGUAGCAAUAUCGUCAUGGUUGUUGAAGAACCGAGCCCUUUACGCGUAUGCCACAACAUAAUUCUGACAUAAUGCAGACGAUAAGAUCUGUAAUCUCUCUCUUUCUGGUAUCAAAGGACAAUGGACAAAAUUAUCUUAGCCUUAUGUUUAGGAGCUGUCUUGGGGGUCAUCAUGGUAAGUGGUCAGUUUCACUUGGGACGCCCCGUUGUUGACAGUCCAGAGGCACGUGCCAUUUUUGCUGCUGCUGAAAGAAAUAGAACCCCAGAUGGUUUUCUUACAAAAUUGGAACUAGACGAUAUUUUCCAGACUUUUGACCACAACGUGGAUGGUAUUGUGGAUGAACAAGAAUUCAUAUACAUUUGGAGAUCUCGGCAUUUGGGCGAUAUCUCGCACGCCAUUACCCUUUUCCAUCAUGCCGAUACAGAUCGCGAUGACGUCAUUUCUAAGGUCCCUGAUCUUACACGCGUUUUCUACUAUUUUGAUCGGGAUCAAGAUGGCAAAGUUAGCGAAGAAGAGUUCGUAGAAGUGUGGUUAUCCUUGUCCAUGUAAAAAAAAAAGACAAAUCAAUGAACGAUAUAACAAAAUAAAUAGACGAGUGCGAAUUCCA